AAUCCGACUCAGUGUAAAUCCUUUUGUCCUUUAGGUUUACUGACUGUUGUCCCAUCUGUCAUUUCUUUCUUUCUUUUUCUAUAGACAAACAAGAGUUUGUGCAGGAAUGUGGGAAUUGUUGAUGAUGGCACUCAAAAUGAAAAUGAAAGCAGAAGAUAAGUUCCCUUGUUGAGUCAGGAGACAAAAAGUACAGUUGCUAUAGUCACAAAAUACUGUAAAGAGUUUCAAUCCUCUCCCCUUGCUGCAUAGAUUGAGAAUGCUUUUCGACCCAUAUUCCAAAAACAUCCAUGUAAGGUUAAAUUGCCCAUAGGUUUGAAUGUGAGUGUGAAUAGUUGUUUAUCUGAGUGGCCUACGCUUGCUUCAAUAUGUUGAAUAGAUUUGCUGUAAAUUGCUUAAGAUGAGUCUCAUAAGAGUUGGAACAUGCCUAUUAUUACUGUCCACAUUAAAAAGUGCAUUAAGAGGAUUAUUAAAUUCCACAAAACAUGAGUUUUAAUUAUUUAAUUUCUUCAUCCAUAAGGAAAGUGUUUUUAAAUGGCAUGUCUAUGGUUAUUCGUAACAUACUCAGUGACAACAGUUGUUUAUCACCUCCUGUGUGGGCAUGUUAGCUUAAAACUACAAUACCCAUCAUUCAUUGCGAAUAACGGACAUUUUUGGUCCAGCACGCGACCCUUACAAAAGCGUCACGAGUCACGGGAAUGAUGGUCUCGGGCAACUAAGGUUAAAGAUGGCUCAAUUUAUUCGUUUAUUUCAAUUUGUAAAGUAACACCGUAAUUGUUGGAGGUUCCAGCGCCCGCCAUGGCUAACAUUACGAAGAAAGUGUCGUGGUCCAGCCGAACUGAUGAGUCCGGUGCCAUGGGGGAAGCGACGCCGCUGCUGAACGGCGCCGAGAAACGUCAACAUUCCAGAGAGCCUGGAGGAGGUUCUGUAUUUCAAAUAGGAAGACUCAGUAAUGUGGAUUUAGAAGAGGAGGUCACAUCAGAUGAGGAGUCCCAUCGAGGUCAUCCCAAAGAAAUCCCUCAUAAUGAGAAGUUACUAUCACUCAAAUUUGAGAGUCUUGACUACGAUAACAUUGAGAACCAGCUGUUUUUGGAGGAGGAGAGGCGCAUGAGUUAUCUGGGUUUUCGCUGUUUGGAGAUCAGUCGCUGGGUGGUCUGCGGCCUGAUCGGCUUCCUGACGGGCCUCAUUGCUUGUUUUAUUGAUAUUGUGGUGGAGCAGCUGGCUGGAUUCAAAUACCAAGUUGUCAAAGAAAAUAUUGAGAGGUUUACAGAGGUGGGCGGACUGUCGCUUUCUCUCAUCCUCUGGGCUGUCUUAAACUCCGCCUUUGUCAUGGUGGGAGCAAUCAUUGUUGCCUUUUUUGAGCCUAUUGCAGCAGGAAGUGGUAUCCCGCAAAUAAAGUGUUACCUAAAUGGAGUCAAGGUUCCUAGAGUGGUUCGACUCAAGACACUAGUGGUGAAAGUGUGUGGUGUUAUUUGCUCAGUCGUGGGUGGACUCGCUGUUGGAAAGGAAGGUCCUAUGAUUCAUUCUGGUGCAGUUGUAGCUGCAGGAGUGUCUCAGGGCAGGAGCACCUCCUUAAAAAGAGACUUUAAGAUCUUCGAAUACUUCCGCAGAGACACGGAAAAACGAGAUUUUGUUUCUGCCGGAGCUGCCGCUGGAGUCUCGGCUGCUUUUGGAGCCCCAGUUGGUGGCGUGCUUUUCUCCCUUGAAGAAGGUGCUUCUUUCUGGAACCAGAUGCUCACAUGGAGGAUAUUUUUUGCAUCCAUGAUCUCCACCUUCACCCUGAACUUCUUCCUCAGCAUCUACCACAAAAACCCGGGUGACCUUUCCAACCCCGGUCUCAUCAACUUUGGACGAUUUGAGAACGAGAGCGUGGCCUAUUACCUCUAUGAAAUUCCCUUAUUCAUUGCCAUGGGUGCUAUCGGUGGACUUCUAGGAGCUCUGUUCAACGUUCUCAACUACUGGCUGACUAUCUUCAGGAUAAGGUACGUCCAUCGACCUUGUCUACAAGUGAUGGAGGCCAUGUUGGUAGCUGCCGUGACGGCGAUAGUGGCGUUCACCAUGAUUUACUUCUCCGACGACUGUCAACCUCUUGAUCCCGAACACGCGGAGGAGUAUCCUCUGCAGCUGUUCUGUGCCGAUGGGGAAUAUAACGCCAUGGCAACAGCCUUCUUCAACACUCCAGAGAGAAGUGUCCGGAGCCUUUUCCACAACCAGCCGGGAUCUUACAAUCCUCUCACGUUGGGCUUGUUCACUCUCACAUACUUCUUCCUGGCUUGUUGGACGUACGGCCUCACCGUGUCCGCUGGAGUCUUCAUCCCAUCUCUGCUUAUCGGAGCCGCCUGGGGAAGGCUGUGCGGAAUUUCGCUAUCCGCCAUCUCGGCCACCGGAUCGAUCUGGGCUGAUCCUGGUAAAUAUGCCUUGAUCGGAGCCGCAGCUCAGUUAGGCGGCAUUGUGAGAAUGACUCUCAGUUUGACCGUCAUCAUGGUGGAGGCCACGGGAAACGUCACGUAUGGACUUCCCAUCAUGCUAGUCUUGAUGACGGCUAAGAUUGUUGGAGACUACUUUGUGGAGGGUUUGUAUGACAUCCACAUUAAGCUGCAGAGCAUUCCCUUCCUGCAUUGGGAAGCUCCUGCCACCUCACACUGGCUAACAGCUCGGGAAGUGAUGAGUUCUCCCGUCACCUGCCUGAACAAGGUAGAAAAGGUGGGAACCAUCGUGGACAUCCUGAGCAACACAUCGACCAAUCACAAUGGUUUCCCCGUGGUGGUGCUGCAAGGUGAAUCCGGCGAAGAGCCAGCAAAGCUCUGCGGACUCAUCCUUCGCUCACAGCUCAUCGUUCUCCUCAAGCACAAGGUGUUUGUGGAGCUGGCUCGGUCGCGGCUGACCCAGAGGAAGCUCCAACUGAAGGACUUCAGAGAUGCCUACCCGCGCUUCCCCCCUAUCCAAAGCAUCCACGUCUCUCAAGAUGAGCGAGAGUGUAUGCUGGACCUUUCGGAGUUCAUGAACCCAACGCCCUACACCGUUCCACAGGAAACAUCUCUUCCUCGCGUGUUCAAGCUGGUCAGAGCGCUGGGCCUGAGGCACCUGGUUGUGGUGGAUGAUGAGAACAGGGUGGUUGGACUGGUGACCAGGAAAGACUUGGCUCGAUAUCACCUGGGCAAACAUGGACUGGAGGAACUUCAGCUGGCCCAGACAUAGUGUACACAAACACACUCAUACACACGCAUGCAAAAACAGUGCCAUAGAACUUUGCCGUAGCCCGACGAUGACAAGUGCCUAAUGUGAUGGUCAAGGAGGAUUACCAUGACAACCAAACACAUCUCCAGGCAGGGGCUCCUUCACCAAAGAGCCCAGUUUGUCUUUCCUCCACUCUAUGUGAAAAUCAUACUGUAACUUCCUCGAUACAUGCGCUUUGUUGUUGUCAUCUGUCCCAAACCACCUUGUUUGUAUUUUCUAGUUCUGGUCCAAUAACAUUUGUUUCACGGGAAAUCGUCAUAAUCAAGACAUAUCUUGACAGGUGGCGAUGAAGUUGUUGUAAUGCAAACCAAUUAGAGUUGAAUGCUUUUGUGCACUACAUUAAUUUUAGAUGUUGCAAUUGAAAGGUAAAACGGUACUAAAAAGUAGUCGUUAAUUUCAUGUUUUUCCUCCGCGUUCACAAUGUUCUGUUGUUUUGCACUGAGAGAAUUGUGUUAUUUAUUCUUUGUUUUAGUUUUAACAGAAUAUGCAUGAGGAAAACAGAAGACAUGGCUUUCCCGCACAACCUGUCCAGUAUGUUUUUUUAAAGAAAAGUGAAGUAGCAGAUGAUUUGCCCCUUUUCUGUCUUUGCUAGAAAUCAGGUACGCCCUCCUUCCUCUAUUUAUCCGUUUCUCUAUUUUUCAACAUUUACUGUCUGGGGGAGAGGAAAAAAAAAAAAUCAACUUUACAAUGGGAUAUACAUUUUUAUCAUCAAAAAAAUGUUUGCACUGUGGCUACUACUGAAAAAAAAAAAGUGUGACAUGGGAAGCUCAAAACGAAUGUAAGCAAAGAUUCUAACCCUAUCUAUUGAUAUCAUGUGGAAUACAAAAAUUCAUAUUUUGGGAUUUUUAUCCCGUUUAGUCACUGUUACACUCUUUAUUUUUACGCUUUCUUUUGUUUUUGUGUUGUACAGUUCUCCAUGUAGAAAAUAAAGCCCGUGUUCUAUUUUAUAACAAUUGAAUUAAUUCAUAAAAUAAAUGAUAUAUUGUGAAUAUA